CCGGUCUUAUUAUCAGAGCGCUCAAGCAUCCGUCACACAAAGGCUUGUUGUGUAACUGAAUGAGCGCUUUACAGUCGCCCUGUGUAAAUGCGUGUUAGGGGGUCAAUGGUAGGGGUUGUUAUAUUCAUUAUGACAUUCUUGUGCGGAUUGAGGCAGAGGGCGAGGGCUUUACAUAAUUACGUUAAUGCUUUUUCACGUGAAAUACUCCUUUAAAAGAAGGCUUGGAUCUAACACACUGAGGCACAUCGCGCGCGCGAGCGGAUUGUGAUUCUGCACAAUUUGGUACCAAAAUUGCGUUCAAAAUGGUGACGUCGUAUCCACUACCGGAGGGGUUCUCCGAGUUGGAUGUGUUCUCCCUGGGAUCUUGUCUGCUCGUGGAGGGUCUUCUCGGGUUCUUCCUGAAUGCUGUCACCGUUGUUGCUUUUCUUAAAAUAAGAGAAUUGCGGACCCCAAGUAAUUUUCUCGUGUUCGGUCUGGCCAUGGCAGAUAUGGGUAUUUCUAUGAACGCCACCGUCGCUGCUUUCUCCAGUUUUCUGAGAUACUGGCCUUACGGAUCAGACGGAUGCCAGACCCAUGGCUUCCAGGGCUUUAUGACUGCUCUCGCCAGCAUCCAUUUUAUUGCAGCCAUUGCUUGGGACAGAUACCACCAGUACUGCACAAGGACAAAGUUGCAGUGGAGCAGUGCCAUCACCCUGGUUAUCUUCAUCUGGCUCUUUACUGCCUUCUGGGCCGCCAUGCCUCUGAUUGGCUGGGGAGAGUAUGACUACGAGCCCCUGAGGACCUGCUGCACAUUGGACUACAGCAAGGGUGACAGGAACUAUGUGUCUUACUUGAUCCCCAUGUCUAUCUUCAACAUGGGCAUUCAGAUGUUUGUUGUGCUGUCUUCCUAUCAGUCCAUUGAUAAGAAAUUCAAGAAGACUGGCCAAACCAAGUUCAACUGUGGCACUCCUCUGAAGACCAUGCUGUUUUGCUGGGGCCCCUAUGGCAUCCUGGCUUACUAUGCUGCUGUGAAGAAUGCAACCCUUGUCUCUCCUAAACUGAGAAUGAUCGCACCCAUUUUGGCUAAGACAUCUCCUACUUUCAACGUCUUUGUUUACUCCCUUGGAAAUGAGAACUACAGAGGAGGAAUCUGGCAGUUGCUCACUGGCCAAAAGAUUGAGACUUCUGCUAUAGAGAACAAGUCCAAAUAAACUAAGAAUGUGAUAACAGUUAAUGUCCUGGUAGUUUCUAACAUGUAUGACACUUGCUUAUUGGCAUUGUGUGCUUACAGUGGGUAUAGAGAAGAAUCACCCCUCUUUAAAAUAAUCACAUUUUGUUGCUUUGGAGCCUGAAAUGAAGACGG